UGAAAUGUGUAAUGAAAGAGAAGAGAAUAGAAAAUUAGUGAAUAGCAGUGAGUGGGGUAUCAAUGGAAUUGUGCAGUGUGUUAUCGGUGGUGUCAUGUCUUCUCAUCGGUGCAAGAAUUCUUUUUGUGUGGUGUAAAUUUAGUAAGAUUUAUUUUUCCAUUGAUGCCUUUGUUCGUGUGGUUGAAUCUGUAUGGUUUGUGUUGUUUAAGAUUUAUUGUGUUAAAUGGACAAGCUGUCUGUCCUUGUCAAGGCAGGAAUUUGAACUACAGGAAGCCAAAGGACUUGAACAACAACAAAGUGUCAAAGUGUCCAGAUAGUUGAGGAAGUGAUAGUGAUCGCGAUUCUCGUGAUCAGUCUAAUCAUUCUGACUCAUUGCUCUUGACGAUUGAGUCUGGUUGAAGAUCUGAGCCUCGGCCUGAGAAAUGAGAGAGUUCAAGGUCGUAGUGCUAGGAUCGGGCGGGGUGGGCAAAAGUGCUCUGACGGUUCAAUUCGUGUCAGGUUGUUUCAUGGAAAAAUACGAUCCGACCAUCGAAGACUUCUAUAGGAAAGAGAUCGAGGUUGAUAAUUCGCCGUGCGUUCUCGAAAUCCUGGAUACCGCCGGCACCGAGCAAUUUGCUAGUAUGCGCGACCUCUACAUCAAAAACGGCCAGGGCUUCGUUGUUGUCUAUAGUCUCACUAAUCAUCAAACUUUUCAGGAUAUUAAAGCUAUGAAAGAGUUGAUAACCCGUGUAAAAGGAACAGAAAGAGUGCCAGUUCUUCUGGUAGCUAACAAACUUGAUCUAGAGCAUCAACGUGAAGUUGAUUCAGCUGAAGGAACAGCUUUAGCACAGAUUUGGGGCUGUCCAUUCGUAGAGGCAUCUGCUAAAAAUCGUACUAACGUCAAUGAGAUGUUCGCUGAAAUUGUACGGGAAAUGAACUUCAGUCCUGAAAAAGAAAAGAAGAGUUACUGCUGUUGCAGUGUUCUUUAAUACUUAAUCAAAAUUUCACAUCGGGCAGACUGAAUGACACUAGAUAAAUAGGAGCAACUUUAGUUGUCCUAUGAACUUCUUUUUCUUUCAUCUUCCCCGCUUCCUCCUUCAGGGUCAACGGGGUCGUGCUGUGAACUCGCAAAUCUUAUAAGAAUAAUUUAUAACAUACGGAAAGCUCAACAAACAAAAAAAGACUAUUAGAGAGAGACUCGUGAGUUUUCAUUUUCUAUCGAAAAAACGACACUAAUCGUGAACAUAUUUUAAUAUACAUAGAUAGUAUUAUGUGUAAUAUUACUGUAAUAUAUAGCAAUAAAAGUAGACGAUUAAAUGGUAAGCUAAAUCUGCGGAACAGGACCAAUGCAUGGAGGAGGAUGGACGUGGAUUUUGUAGAUGGUUACAAAAAAAAGUCCUGCGUUACUAGUUAUUUACUGGUAAUGGCUAAACCAAACUCCAUAUGAUUAGAUUUUUACUUUAUAUUAAUAAGAAAAUUUAGUUUCAAGAAUAUUCCAUUUUUAUUCUGAGCUGUUUAGAUAGUUUGUUUUGUGUAUUUAAAUACAAACUACAAAUUUAAAAAUGUUUAACAGCAUGCAAAAGUUGUGUGUAAGUCUCUUUAAAAAUUACACUUUUAAAAGUAUUAUCAAUUGUUUUUUGUUUAAAUUCAAAAUUGAGAUUUUUCAUUCUCUUUAAUUUUUUUUUUGUGUGUGUGAAAUAAUAAAAUUUCCUCCGCCAACAAAAUGUUUUAUAUAAUCAGAAUUGAUUACCUGCUUUUAUAUCAAUUUUUAAUAAAAUUAUAUUAAUGUAAUAAAACUGUAAUUAAAGCACAAAUUAAAAAUACUAAAAAAAAGAGUAAUACGCCUAACCGACUGAAAAUACAUACAAUGUAUAGAACAAUUUAGAAAUCAGUAUAUCAUGAUAGAAAAAAGAAGAUUAAAUAAUAAAUUGAAUUAUGUACAGAACCAAAUUAAUUUUUAUGGUAACCACCAAAUUUGCUAUUGAGGAAAAUUUAGGGGACAAUAAUAUAAUAAAAAGUUCUAUUAUUGCAUGUAACCUUUCAGUCAAUCUUGUGCAAUAAUAUGAAAAUAUUAAAUACUGUUUUUUAUGCAAUUGUAUUGGAAGGCCGAAUGCGAUAUUUUCAUCGUUAAAAGUAAAGUUUUAACGAAGAGAGUAAUAAACUUCAAAUUAUUAAAAUUUUUAACUCUAACUUUUAAUGGAGUUUAAAAUGUUUGUUAAAUUUAGAAAUAGGUUUAAUAAAUAAAUUUCAUUUGUUUAUAUACUUUCUUCCUUGCAUAUGCAGAUACACAAAUAUUAUUAUAUCUGCAUUUAUGAAUUUAUAUACUUAAAAAUUCGAACAUGCGACAAAAUAUUUCAUUUCUUUUUUUUUUUUUUUUAUUAAGAUUAAUACUUGUGUAAAAAUGUUAUUAUGAGUAUGAAUGUUAAUGUGUAUGUCUGUGUGUAAAUGAAGAUAAUAACUAUAAGGAAAAAAUUUUAGAAAGCAGAACAAUAAAAAUUUGAGUCAAAUGAUUAAUUAACAUUGAUGAUAUUUCACUAUUUUCUUAUUUCAAUGUAGCUCGAAAAUUUGUAAAUAUAUUUAUCAGGGCAAGUGUUCUCAAAUUCUAAUAUUAGAACAAAAAACGAUUUGCAUACAUUGUUUAUUGAAAUUUAUAAUAUUUUGGUAUGGUAUGGUUUUAUCUUAUUUUACACGUCUGAGAUAUUACUCUCAUUUUUAUGUACAUUAUUAUUGCAGUAAAUGUAAAAAGUAUGUUUUAAUUGUUGAGUUUUAUUAUUAGACACAUUAAAAGUCUUAAUUCCUUUAAACAAAGAAAAAGAUUUUUUUUUAUCAUUAUUGUCAGAAUUACAAGGUCUUGAUUAAAAUUGAAGAAAUUUAUAUAAAAAAAAAUUUUAAUCACUUUGCACUUUUUAUGCAAGAAUAUUAAUUAUUUUGUAAGUUUUUUUUUUGCAAGGAAGAAUAGUUAAAAUUAAUUUAAUACUGCCAGGGUAGUGAAAUUUUUUGGGAAUAUAUGGAGAGAAGACAUACAAUAUCAUUUGAUAAACCACCGAUUUAUAGGAAAAUUUUAUUAUUAUUUGUGUAGUAUAUAAAUGUAAAAUUCUAAUUAAUAUAAAAAAUGGAUAUUCAUAAGAUUAUUGAUUCUAUACUGUACAAAUAAGCUGUAGAGUAGAUUUAAACAAUAUAAUUUUUGUAGUAAAUAGAAUCAUUUAUAUUGAUAUGAUUUUUGCACAAGGAACUAUCAUGAGCAUUAAGGGGUGGAGUUUUUUUUCUUGUAAAAAUGACGCACAAUUAAUGAAAACAUAAGAAAAAAUUUUUUUAAAGAAAAAUCUUCCAAUAAUUUUUUUUUUAUAACCAUUAAAAGAGGUUACAACAUAUCGAAAAGAUCCUACAUACUUUGGUAUAGAAAAUUUAAUUUUUGAUCAAAUUUUAAGUCAAUGAGAGUUGUCUGAGUUAGAAGUUUGCCCAUUAAGAAAAAAGAAAAAAAAAUAAAGUUUCGAAAAAAAGGUAUUUAAAGAAUUAAAAGCCUCUCCAUUAUUCGGUAGGACGGAUAGUGAAUAGCUAAUUUUACACUAGUGAAAAAAAUGUUUAUACAAACAAGUGACCGUGAAUAUGAAUUGAAUAAUUUUCUAACAAAAUUAAUUUUUUUCUGAUGAUACCAAAAACUGAAAAAAAAGAGGGCGUUGCAGCACAUCUUUUUUUCAGUGAAGGAGUACUGAAUAAUUGUAUAGAAAAAGUUGCUAGCUAUUGCAUAAAACAUAAACCGCGUUUCUGAUAUAAACUCUAAUUUUUGUAAAAUAAUCCUCUGAGGACUUUACCCUCCCCCCAAAAAAAACAGCAGAAAGAAAAAAAAUCUUUCUAGAAAGUACUAUUUGGAUAAAACAAUUUUAUACUAUUUCCACCUUUUUAUCUUUACAUAAUUACGGUGACAAUUUUAAAUUAAACUUUUUUCUUUCCUCUCUAAAAUCAAAAUAUUUAUAAUGCGCUACAUUCUAAUAGACUUUUUUUUUAUAGUAAUGCUUAUCAAUAAUAUACAAUAAUAAACUUUAAUUACACAGGCAUAAAAAAAAUUCAUGUUCUGAGCUCGAGGUCAAACUAUGACUACUUUCUGUUUUUGGGGUUACUGAAACCAAAUCAGAAGUCAGUUUAUAACGUCAGGUAUUUGACAUAACCUCAAAAAACCUAAAAAUUCGGAUCUAUGUAUAAGUCUUACCAUGUCUACUUUAUGUUUUUGGGAUCGCUGAAGCUGAAUCUGAAGUCUAUUUAACCCUAUCACGUCAGGCUUUUGACAUAACAAAAAAAAACAUUUAAAAAAAUCAAAUGUUGGGAUUUUUUCGAGGUUAUGUUAAAAGUCUAACGUGAUGGGGUUAAGUAGACUUCAGAUUUGGUUUUAGCGACACCAAAAACAUAAAGUAAACAUGAUAAGACUUAUAAAUCAGAAUUUUUUUAUUUCAAAAUUUUAAAGUCAAAUUUUGUGAUUUUUGAGUUCAUUUCAAAAGCCUGACGUGAUGAGGUUAAAUAGACCUCAAAUUUGGCUUUAGCGUCCCCAAAAACAUAAAGUAAUUACAGUAAGACUAAUAGAUCCAAAUUUUAAAAUUUUAAGGACGAAUUUUGAGGUUUUUUGUGGUUAUGUCAAAUACCUGACGUGAUGGGCGCGGUUAAAUUAUCGAGUACUAUAUAUAAUCUCAAACUUUGUUUCUUUGCUAAUUUUUGAUUUCCAGUGUUUAGGAUUUGUGAUAUUUCUCAAUUAAUUUACAAUAACUUUCCAGUGUAUGUAUCUGCAUUGAAAAAAUUUUGGUGCAGCAGCUGUCCCAAAGGAAAAAUUUCUAUAUUCAGUUAAUUUCACUCAUAUAAAAACUGAUUGUAAUGAAAUUUUUUCAUUUGAGAUAUCUGCGGCGCCAAAAUUUUUUCAGUGUGUAUUGAAAAGGAGUGAAGGGAGACAUAAAUCUUUGUCCCAGUUAAAAAAAUUUCUAUAUAUGCCUUUAUUUUGAGUGUAGAAGAAAAAAAAGGGAUUUUUUAAACAAUUUAAUUUUAAUUAAUGAUUAGUUAUUGUUAUCCAUUAUAUAAUAAUUAUAACAAAUUUUCUCUUAUUAGAUCAUUAGAUAAUUAUUACAAAUAAAUGUUUUGUACAUAGAGAAAAAAUGUACAAUUCUACACUAAAAAUCUUUCGAUAUAGCAAAAUUUAACCAAUUUCAAAAAAAAAAAUUUUCUCAAAUUGGACCAAUAUUCUCAAUUUUACCCCAUAUUUUAAGAAUUCUAAAAUAUACAGUAUUAUGUAAACAAUUUAAAGAAAUUUACAUUAUUUUCCAUAUCUGUGUGUGUUAAAAAUUAACUAGUUUGUUUUUUUUAACUAACUAUGAGGGUAAGUAGUAAACUCCUUAGUAAGUGUAUUUUUGUUCGUUGUCAAAUCGAUUAGACUCUUCUUUUUAACGUCAUACUUAAAAUGGUAUCUGUGGUAUUUAUCAAUCUAGAUGAAUCUAAAGUCAACUUUUCUUCAUCCUUUGUCGCUUAAGUAGUAAAAUGUUUUACUAGAAAAAGUUUUAUAGAUGGUAGGAGACAUAAAUAGGUGAAACUUCAAGCUACUUAUAAAAGUAAAUCUCAACAAUUAGAUGAAAACUUUGGAAACAUAAGAAAAUGUGAAAGUAAAUUUUUUUAUUUGUCGACAAAAUUUUUUUUUCAACUCAUACACCGUAUAUUUAUAUUCAUAAAUAAAUAAAUUAAAUAAUUUGGAUUUUUUCUAUUACAAUUUGAAUUUCAAUUGUGUAUUAUAUGAAAGUUAUAUUUCUAUAAUUACUUGAAAAAUGAAAAUAGAAUUAUUUUCUCAUAAAUAUUGCAAUUGAUUUAAUUAUUAUAGCUUUUACAAUAGAGUUCAGAAUUUUUUAGUGUAACAUUGUACCAUAAAUAGUAAAAUUAAAAAUUGUGAAAUAUAAUAUCCGUUUUUAUGCCAAUAGAAUUGAUUCGAAAUUGAAGAACAGAAUUGAAAAUUUUUUGACUCAGAAACAAAUUUUGUCGAUUAAAUUUCUCAAUGAUCUUCAAAAAAAAAUUUUUAAUUGUUUCUGAUUAUCAGGAAGAAUUUCAAUAAUAAUUGAUGUCAUUAAUGUAUUUCUUUUUGUGAGAAAUUUCAGUUCAUUAAAAACAAUUUUUUCAAAUGCAAUAUUAAUAAUUUAUUUGGUCAUGAAAUAAAAAAUGAAUAAUUAAAAAGGUCACAUUUACUUGAAAUUAUCUGCAACAAAGAAAAAAUUUAUUUUACCACAAGUGUAAGAACUAGCAUAUCACUGUAUGGACCAGUUUGAUUAAAUAAUAGUUUGCAUGUUAAAUUUAAUUCAUUUUUCUUCAAAAAAAAGGAAAUUUUUAUUAUUAAAAGUUGAAUAUAUGAAAACACUAUUUUUACAUUUAAAACUAAAUUUUUUUUUU